AUGCUUAACAUUGAGGAAAUCCGUGCCCUUGGAGAUGUUCAUCCAGAAUUUGAGCCUAUCAUCAGAGCCCAUAAUCCAAUGCUUAACGGAUGGGAUAUGAACACUGAGCUGGAAUCCUUUCGCCAGAUGAUGGCUCAGGUGAAACAGUAUCGACCUAAACCUGACCCGGCCACACUUUCAUACCACACCAAAGACUUCAAGAUUACUCUGAGAGAUGGCUUUGAAGUUGACGCCAGAUCAUACAUACCCAAUGGUGAUGUGCCAUCUGACGGACGUCCUGGACUUGUUGUCUUUCACGGUGGAGGCUUUGUCACAGGUGAUCUUGACACUGAAGCAGGACUAUGUGUCGAGUUCACAAAGCUGGGAGGCAUUGCUGUGAAUAUCGAUUACCGCCAUGCUCCCGAACAUGUGUUCCCCCAAGCUAUCAAUGACGCCUUUGAUGCUACGAUUUGGGUAUCUCAAAAUGUGGACAAGCUUGGAAUCAACCCGUCCAAAGGCUUCAUUAUUGGUGGUACAAGCUCAGGCGCCGAUAUCUCUCUGACCAUCUCCCAUCUGUAUAGAGACGCCGGGACCUUGCACCCUCUGACGGGUGUUUAUGCUCCAAUCACCUCUGGUGUCAAUGAUCAGACUGUCCCUGAAAAGUACAAGGAGUACUUCAUCAGCUAUGAGCAAAAUGCCAAGGUUCCCGUGUUUAGCGCAGAGUCGAUGAAAUUCAUUCACUCGAAGUAUAGACCUGAACCAAAGAGCCCUCUUGCUUUUCCGGUUGCAUUCCCCAGUCAUGCAGGCCUUCCCAAGACCUACUUUCAGGCCUGUGGGAUGGACCCUGUCAGAGACUGCAGCAUUGUGCUUGAACAAAUCUACAAGGACGAGGGAGUGCCCACAAAGAUUGACAUCUAUCCGGGUCUUCCUCAUGCGUUCUGGGCUAUAUUUCCAGAACUUGAGAUAUCGCAGAAGCGUGAGCGGGAUGCCGUCGAGGGUCUAAAGUGGCUGCUGGCUGGUGAAGGCCUUGGGCAACGUCAAUCAAUAGACUAUUUGUUAUUGUUUGGUUUCAGUGAGUCAGACAAGCAUAUUGAAAUGUCGAAUCAACACUGGUAG